AUGGCUUCCACGUCCAAUGUCCGACUGGAUUCUGUCCCCCCCGAAACUGCUACAAACGACGACCUCAACGGCCAGAAAUUGUCAAUAGAUCUUGUCGGUGGACCAUUUGCUGUCAUCGAAUCCGACCCAGGCGAGCCCUUCAGCUCCAUCAGCUCCAUCCUUACUCAUGUCUACGCAGGCGUUUUCACAACCUUGACGCGUAAACUGGGAGUCAAGCACCUCGAAAUCGUCGAACUAUACGAUAUAGAACCUUGGGCCGUCGACCAUCUCCACCCUUACGGCUUGGUAUUCUGCUUUCGAUGGCGAAAGGACACACAUCGUCCUGCCGAAUUUAAGGAUCCAGCAGCUGAGCAUGUAUGGUUUGCGAACCAGCUCAGUGACGAUGCUUGCGCUUCUCAAGCCAUUCUUAACAUCCUUUUCAACUGCUCAAACGUCAAUAUUGGAAAGGACCUGAGCGACUUCAAAGAAUACACAAGGGAAAUGUCUCCCGAGAUGAAAGGACUCGCGAUAUCAAAUUCUUCUCUGAUCCGAAAUGCACAUAAUUCUCUUGCUCGACCAGCCGACCUCCGAGGCGCCGACAGCGCCUUGGCCACAACCAUCCUCGAUAGUGUAAAAAAGGAGAAGGAGAAAACGAACCGUGGUUCUAACCCUCCCCCGAACAAACGCGCCAAGACCAAGAAUCCCCCAACCAAGAAUCCCGAACAAGGUGACGAGGAAACCUACCAUUUCAUCGGCUACGUCCCCGCGUACUGCAAAGUCUGGGAACUUGAUGGGCUCAAGUCAGGACCCUUGGAGGUCGGCGACGUGACGGAGAAAACGGAGUGGAUGGACGUCGUCCGGCCGGCACUCAGGAUGAAGAUGCGUAAAUACGGCGGGGGAGGUGACGAUGGAGGCAAUGAUAUUCGGUUCAGUCUCCUGGCUAUUGUAGAUGACGCAUAUGAAAAAGCAAGCGACGAGUGGGAGUAUUGCAAGUCAGAGCGGCGGCAACUCGAGCGGCGUCUAGAGGAAGGCUGGCAGAAGGCGGUCAGUUGUCGUUUAUAUUCGUAUCACGUUGAUCCAUCCCUUCUCUCUGCUGCUUCCAACGUGUUUGAUGGCGGAGGCGGACAAAAAUUUGCUUCUGAUUUCGCCAGUAGACGCAAUGACAGGGAUCGGGAUAUAUUGUAUAUGGACCAGGAUGCUCUACGUCACGCGUGGGAGCAAUGCGUCAACAACGCUAUGAAAGCCAAGGUAGCUGUAGGUGAGGAAAUGGCGAAAGCGUGGAGAGACCACACCGAUCAUGUAAAGCGAAUACACGAUUACGAGCCAUUCUUCGUCAAGUAUCUGAAAUUCCUGAAGGACGAAGGCCUUUUGUCAGGAUUGCUUGCAAAGAAGUAA